AUGAAAGUAGGCAAAGGCGAUGUUCUAGAGGUCUAUGAGGAGUCUGAUGUUGAGGAUCACGAGCACGAAGAUUCCGAUAGAGAACAACCUCAUGGUCGUAAAUUCAAGUCGGUGUUGGCGCAUACAGUAGCGCUUCAUGCGGAACCCUCAGAAAAUUCUAAGAAGCGUCAGGUGCUGAAAAAGAAGAAGAAACUCACCAAAAGUCAGCUGACUGAGAAGAGGAAAUUAACGCAACAAAGGAAGCUUCUUGGUCUCGUGCGACCUGACGUGACAACUAACCGUGAGAGGGAGCGGCUAUUGAAGAAAAUUGCUACCAAAGGUGUUGUGCAGCUUUUUAACGCAGUGGCAGAGAGACAGCGGAUAUUGGCUGAAGAAUUAUCGAAGAAAAUGAGUGCAAAAGAGCGCAGAGAAACCGAGAAACGAUUGCAAGGAGCAACGUUCCGUGUUUACCCUGACAAAGGCAAUGAAGAUGUGGCAGAGGGUACCAAGAAGGAGGAAGUGGAUGAGUUCAUGAAGAACGAAAAUCAAGAAGAUUGA